AUGUUUGCCCGCCACGAAAGCGACAAGCCCCUGCAUCUCGGCCUCACCGCCCACUGCGGCCUCUGCGGCACGGCGCUCGAGGUCGGCGACGCCUGCACGGCGCUUCUCGGCGUCGACCGGGCUAUGCGGUACCGUCGCCGCACGCCGCCGUUUGCGUAUCCCCAGUAUGCAUUUUUCCACGGCGAGGUGACGGCCGGACUGGAUCCGGGUGACGAGCCGGGGCAAAACAACAAGAACGAGCCGAUGAUGUGCCGCAACGCCUCGUGCACCAAGGGUACGGCCAUGCUGGAGGCCUGCACCGUGCAUGUGGACUGCCGCAUUGUGUUCCGGAAGCACUGCGGGAGAGGCGGCGACGAUGCUGGUCUCGACAGCCAGGACGCCCUGGACCGUCUCUGGAUCGCCGCUGCUUGGCGGCGGCCGUGGCGACAGGCGGCAUGGCUCUGGCUGGACGAACCGGGCCAGGCAGACCGGCGAAUCUCCGUCGACCGGGUGGCGAGGGCCAGUAUCGCCGCCGGACAUGGCCAGGAACAGGAAGGGGGGCAGGAACCGGAUCUGUCCAGCCUCCUUCGUGGGCUGACGCGACUGCCGCCCGAGCUGGUCGACAUUGUCCUCCAGAACUCUGCCGACAGUCAGGUCUGGCGUUACGCAGCAGUGCUCGACCGGGGCCAGCCCCUCGCCGAAAACACUGGCCAGCUCGCGUCCGUUCCGCUGGUCGAUGUUGCUGCCUGGGAGCGGGGCAGCCCCGUGGUCCUUUUUGGCUUGGAACAUGCAGCCAGCGCGGCCGACCACCCGAUUCUGCUGCUGACCAUCGACGCCCGGGGGCUGAAAUCUGUCCAGCGGCUGGUGGCUCGACCGGCCGCCACGCACAAUCGAACCUCUCACACGGAAGCGUACACCAUCGUGGACCAAGCCGGCGUGAGGGGUGUCAAGAUACACUUCAAGUAUGGCAUGGCCCGCUUGGAAGUGCCCAAGAAGAUGAAGGGCCUCCACAUCUGGGACACACCCACGCCGCCGGAUGUCUCGGCCGACUGUCGCCUCAUAUUUUCCUGCAUUGUCCCGACCUCCAAGUUCCAGACGGCGCCGCUCGACCGCUGUGACGGCAUCACGCUUAUGUUUGUGUACAGCAAAGUCGCGGCCGUGCACAUACAUACGCCGGCAACGCCGGUGGCCCGCUUCACUCAACUGGCCUUGGACCCCGAUGCUGUGAACUGGGUGUACAUUCCCAUUCCACGGGCGGCCGGGGAACGGGUCCUGGCCUUUGGAGCAAGACGGAAUGCCAGCCAUCUGCAAGAAGCCGAGGAAGAGAUGGCGGAUGUAGCAGCGUACGCCGUGGAGAAGAAAGCAGAGAAAGAAGCAAAGCGGCGAGCCAAGAGAAAGGCAAAGAAAGAAGCGCAGCUGACACCGAUGGCCAACGACAAUGAAGAAGAAAACGAACAAAAAGAAGAAAAAGAAGAAGAGCAGGACGAGGGGGACGAGGAGGACGAGGACACGGAGAACGACGACCAUGACAGAAACGCAUACGUCUACUGCAACGCGAAUUUCCUCUUCCGCUUCCGACUGGCCGGCGACGUCUCGGUCGGCCCGAUGCUGGACGCGCCGCGGGUCGACACGGUCGUGGCCGCCAGGGCCCCCAUCUCGUUGGUGUUUUCCAUCGGCGACUCGGAAUUGCUGGCCGUCGCCGGGGCGUACGACGCGAUCCCGCGGCCCCCGUCGCCCGUCACGCUGGCGCCGCCCUUUGGCGCCCUCCCCACGCGCGAGCCCGCCCGGGCCAACGACUACAGCAACUUUGUGUCGACGGCGCCGAUCGACACGCCCGUGGCGCGCAUCACCGUCUUCAGCGACCCCACGUACGGCUUCGACCGCGGCCUGCUCGUCGAAUACGCCACGGGGGCCCAGCGCGCUCUGGGCCAGUGCCGCGUCGGCGUCGACGAGACGACCGUCUUUGACCGCCCGCAGUGCCUCUGCGUGCGGCCCGCGAGCUACGACCGCACCAGGCCCCGCUCCUCCCACGGACAAAGGCACUGGCAGAAGUGUCAGGUGUUCUACGCAGAGUGCAGCGCCGACAUCAGCGACGGGCACGAGGACGAGGACGUGCACGGCGAGGAGCAGAAGAAGGCCCUCUGGAGCUGCAUUCCGCUCGGGACGCCCGGCUGCGGGACGCUGGAGCUGACGUUUACGGGCACGUGGGGACGGGUGGCCGUCAGUGGCGAUUAUGGCGAGAAGCAGGCGUGGCGCAAGAAGCGCUACGAUCUUAGCUAUUCCCGCUUCCACAGGAGGUGA